AUGGAGAAACCGACACAGGGUUCGCUCCAACCGACCAUACCGAAGAGCGCGGAGAGUCCGGCGGAGGAUCUCUCUAAACUAACGGACGAGGACCUUCUGAAAUGGAGUAAAGAAGACCUGGUCCGCCGUUUACGUAGAGCGGAGGCCGAAAAGAUGAGUGUGAUUCUGGACCACAGCAACCUUAUUCGAGAAGUCAAUCGUAGGCUUCAGCUGCAUCUAAACGAGAUACGAAGUCUGAAGGAGGUGAACCAGAAACUCCAGGAGGAUAAUCAGGAGCUGCGGGACCUCUGCUGUUUCCUUGACGACGACCGUCAGAAAGGGAAGAAAGUUUCGAGGGAGUGGCAGCGCCUGGGCCGCUACAGCGCCGGCAUCAUGCGAAAGGAGGUGGCGCUCUACCUGCAGAAGCUGAAGGAGCUGGAGCAGCGGCAGGAGGAGGUCCUGAAGGAGAACUUGGAGCUGAGGGAGCUGUGCCUCAUGCUGGACGAGGAGAGGUCCGGAGGCGCGGGAGGGACCGGCGCGGCCGGCUGUCGGAACUCCAUCGACAGUCAGAGCAGUCUGUCUCACGGGAGCGUGCCAGGACCCGGCCUCCUCAGAGACGUAGGUGACGGGAGCAGCACCUCCAGCGCGGGGAGCACCGACAGCCCCGACCAUCUGCCGCACAAGCAACAGCUUCAGACCGGCCCAUCAGGGGGCAGCACCGAGCACCUCCUAAAGCCACGCCCAGGAGAGGAGGCCAAAGUGCUCUCAGAUCAGCCAGGCCGCAGAAGGAGCACCAGCCCCGAGUACGCCGCACACACCUUCCCCCAGGUGUGCAGGCCCCGCUGUGGAUCCCUCUCCAGCCCGGACCACAAAGGCCUGCGGAGCUCCAGCUCGGACAAGCACAGCAAGAGCCUAUCCAGAGCCAACCCCGAGCAGUUUUCCAAGCACCUGCUGGUGACGGGCCAGCCGCCCGGAAGUCCCGACCUUUUCCAGAAACACAGGGCCAGCCUGGGGAGCGUCUGCGGAAGCCCGGAGACUAAGCAGGCGCUGACGGGGACUCCCGAGCAUGUGCAGAAGGGCCGUGUGAUUUCGGGCAGCCCCGAGAUGUUGAGACAGCAGUACGGCGGCGGCGGCGGCCUGGAGCACGGCAAAUUUGGCAGCCCCGGGCGUGAGGUGUCGCAGAGGAGGCCCGGAGGAGAGGAGCUGUCCCCCCACCAUCGCAGCAUUUACAGUGGUAUGAACGGCGGGUCCGACUGGAGCCUGCUGUAA